AACGUCCCCCUCUCUUCCUCUGAUUGGCCAGCAGGGAGUCUGACGGAGAGGGGCGGGUCCUUCGCGAGGUAUCUCGCCCUCUGAUUGGCCAGGCGCGUCUAGAGUGACUAGAGCGCAGCGGCGGAGGCGCAGCGGAGAAUCACAGCAGCACAAACCCACUGCGCUCAUGGCAUCAAGGAGAAUGGAGACCAAACCAGUCAUUACCUGCCUCAAAACGCUACUCAUCGUCUAUUCCUUCGUGUUCUGGAUCACUGGGGCGAUCCUGCUUGCAGUGGGAUUAUGGGGGAAAUUCAUUCUGGGUCCGUACAUCUCUCUGAUUGCUGAGAACUCCACCAAUGCUCCCUACGUGCUCAUCGGGACCGGGACCACCAUCAUCGUGUUCGGACUGUUUGGAUGCUUCGCCACGUGCCGCGGGAGCCCAUGGAUGCUCAAACUGUACGCCAUGUUCCUGUCUCUGGUGUUCCUGGCCGAGCUGGUCGCUGGCAUCUCGGGCUUUGUUUUCCGUCAUGAGAUCAAAAGCACCUUUAUGAGGACAUACAACGAGGCCAUUCAGAACUACAACGCCCAGGACGAGAGGAGCAUCGCGGUGGACAACAUCCAGAGGAGUUUGCGUUGUUGUGGAGUUCUGAACUACACCAGCUGGUUCUCCAGCGUUUAUUUCCCUGUGAAUGGAAUUCCUCCGAGCUGCUGCGCUAACAUCUCCGACUGCAACUCCUCAGACCUGCGAAACGCCACCAUAGCGGCCACCAAAGUCCAUCAGCAGGGCUGCUAUGAGCUGGUGACGACUUUCAUUGAGACUAACGUGGGCAUUAUUGCUGGAGUAACGUUUGGAAUUGCAUUCUCGCAGCUGAUCGGGAUGCUGUUGGCCUGCUGUCUGUCACGAUUCAUCACUGCCAAUCAGUACGAGAUGGUGUAGCGGCGUGUGCACAGGCACAGAAGACGUAUGACACCUUGGAAAGGGAAAGCAACCCAAAAAUGCUAGCACACUCCAUUCUUUCUCAUCUCUUUUUUAUUCUCUCCUCUUUUUAUCUUUCAUUCUGUCUUUCCUGCCUUCCUUUUUCUCCUUUCCGUCAUUCCUUAAUCAUGCAGUUGUGCCAUGACCAAAGCCUCUCCUUUCGAAACGUCAGCGUUAGCGAGGAAAAGGAAAUGGUUUUAAGACGCACUCCUGCGCACGCACGCGUACUUUACUCUGUUCAAAAACCUUGCAUGCGGAAACCAUCUCACACAGACUAGAACUAAAGUCAACAGCGUUUCUGUAACACCCCGUCCUAACCGGUCACAUACAAGCCAAUCGAUAUCGCAAUCACUCUCUAGCUGCAUAUCAAAUAUGUUCAGGUUAGCUGUGGUUCUGCCUCUUUUUCUAUUUUUAGACAGAGAAAUUACUUAAUAUUUGGAACAUAAACGCAACUUAAGUGUGGUUUGUCAGAAAUCUAUCCCUUUUUUGAGAAGAAAAACUAUUUAAAAGUGUUUUUUCUUAUCUAUCUGCCAUUUUGCUAGCUUGGUUUCUAUUUGUCACAUUGCAGUUGGUAGCUCCGCCCACAGUGAAUUCUCAUUGGUCCAGAUUGCUGUAUAUUACACAUCAAACAUUCUGAUUGGCUAUUGUGGCUUUGCACAGUAUUUUCACACAUCUGGUUAGGACACGGUGUUACUUAACCCCUAAAAAGAGACUUCAAUGCAGAUUUGUUAGUUAAUUGCUUUUUCAAGAGGAAAACUUUAAAAAGAAAAAAAAUACAGAUGACAAGAUGUUUUUGUUGUUGUUGUUGCUGUUGUAAAAUCUUUGGCAAAGGGGUUUAUCUCAGAAAUGGCUUUUUUUGUCUUCAUUUUUUGCUUCACAUCUCAGCGCUGGGUUGAAAGUGACUCGACAAAAUCACGUACCGAGUCAAAAACAUCAGUUUUGUCUUGUCGUGAAAACCAAAAACAAGCAAUUUUCUGCCACAUUUAGCUGCGUACAGAACUCAAAUACAAUUAGACUGAAGAUUAGACUGACAACAUGUGCCCUUAAAACUAGUGGUUUUUAUGUCCAUUGUAAGACAAGGAGAUAUUUCAGAGUACUAUCUAAACACUGUUUAAUGGGCGGUUUAAUGGGUAAUUUUGCAGUUUAUGCAUUGUAGUUACAGU